AAAGAAGAAGACAGAGGAAAUUCUUUUUGAAUUUGACGCAGCUGAGUGAGGUCGACAAUAUCUGCAAAAAUGGUGUUUUAUCUAAAACAUGUGUUAACUGACCAUCGCUUUUACCUGGGCAAUGGUAUUCAUUUACUUGGAGACAGCGGAGAAUGCAAUGUAGUACUAACCUAUGACAAUAUGUCCGAUAUCCAAGCCGUCGUGGUUGUAAAUUAUGGAAGGAUUUUCCUUAAAGACAUGGAAUCCACCCAUGGCACAUAUCUGAACUUUACGCAACAGCGCCUUGGCACUGCCUUCUAUGAACUUUUCGUUGGCGAUAAUGUGUCCUUUGGGGUCGGAGCAUUCGGACACGAACCGGACACUCCGCCGACCUUCGGAUGCUUCACCCUUAGGUCGGAUGAGACAGAUUCUGAUCUGAACUUCUCCAAUUCUUCUUCCUACGUGCUCGAUGACCAGGAGGACACCGAGCAGGACAUCGAGGAGGACAUCGAGGAGGACACCGAGGAGGACAUCGAGGAGGACACCGAGGAGGACACCGAGGAGGACACCGAGGAGGACACCGAGGAGGACACCGAGGAGGACACCGAGGAGGACACCGAGGACUACUUCUUCGAGACCACAUAAAACAAGUGCAUGACAAGACGCCAUACCGACAAAAUCCUCUCAUAGGUAUAGGGUGACUCUAUGCCUUUUUAAUACUCUAUAUCUAAAUACACUAACCGAAAAGAA